ACUCUGUGCGUCUGACGUCAGCACGCUAAGCCCCCAAGCCCAGACCGAGGCUGUAAACAAUAAAACCCAACCCCGUCCAUCAUCCAUGCGCUAAAGAUGCAUUUAUCCGCGAUGACGGCGGUGUUGUCGGUGCUGCUGUGCCUCCUGUGCUCCCUCAGGUCCGCUCAAGGUUACUCUGGGAACCCUCUGAACAAGUACAUCCGUCACUACGAGGGUCUGUCGUACGACACAGAUCUGCUGCACAGUCAGCACACGAGAGCCAAGAGAGCGCUGUCUCUACAGGAGCGAGAGCUACAGCUGGACUUCCACGCUCACGGCAGACAUUUCAGCCUGCGAAUGAAGCGAGACACCAGGCUGUUUUCAGACGACUUUAAGCUGGAGAUGUCUGGACAGGAGCUGGACUACGACACAUCGCACAUCUACACCGGAGAAAUAUACGGUGAACACGGCUCUCUGACGCACGGCUCGGUCGUGGAUGGGAAGUUCGAGGGCUUCAUUCAGACCCAUCGAGGGAUGUAUUACGUGGAGCCGGUCGAGAGAUACCUGCAGGACAAGAACGUCCCGUUCCACUCCGUCAUCUACCACGAGGACGACAUCCAUUAUCCUCACAGAUAUGGACCAGCAGGCGGCUGCGCAGACUCGUCUGUGUUCGAGCGCAUGAAGAGAUAUCAGGCGUCUGCGCUGGAGGAACCGCUCAAGGAGACCAUCACAGAUGACCACGUCUUACUGAGGAAGAGGAGGAUGACACAGGUGGAGAAGAACACCUGCCAGCUUUUCAUCCAAACCGAUCACCUCUUCUUCAAGUACUACAAGACCAGAGAGGCCGUGAUCGCUCAGAUCUCCAGUCACGUCAAGGCCAUCGAUGCCAUCUACCAGGGCACAGACUUCAUGGGCAUCCGCAACAUCAGCUUCAUGGUCAAGAGGAUACGGAUAAACACCACGAAUGAUGAGCGCGAUCGCUCCAACCCCUUCCGCUUCGCUAACAUCGGCGUGGAGAAGUUCCUGGAGCUGAACUCGGAGCAGAAUCAUGAUGAUUACUGUCUGGCGUAUGUCUUCACUGACCGGGACUUUGACGACGGUGUGCUGGGUCUGGCCUGGGUCGGGGCUCCAGCCGGGAGCUCUGGGGGAAUCUGUGAGAAGAACAAGCUGUAUUCUGACGGGAAGAAGAAGUCUCUGAACACUGGGAUCAUCACAGUGCAGAACUACGCCUCACAUGUGCCUCCCAAAGUCUCACACAUCACCUUCGCUCACGAGGUUGGACACAACUUCGGUUCCCCGCAUGACUCCGGGUCAGAGUGCACUCCGGGCGAGUCUAAGAGCCAGGAUAAGAAGGAGCGAGGGAACUACAUCAUGUACGCUCGAGCCACUUCUGGAGACAAGCUGAACAACAACAAGUUCUCCGUCUGCAGCGUCAAGAACAUCAGCCAGGUGCUGGAGAAGAAGCGCGGCACCUGUUUCGUGGAGUCCGGACAGCCCAUCUGUGGGAACGGUCUGGUGGAGCCGGGCGAGGAGUGUGACUGUGGCUACAGUGAUCAGUGUAAAGAUGACUGCUGCUACGAUGCUAAUCAGCCAGACAACAGGAAGUGCAAACUCAAGCCCAACAAAGUCUGCAGUCCCAGUCAGGGCCCCUGCUGCAGGGCCGAGUGCUCCUACAAGGGCCGGAACGAGAAGUGUCGUGAGGAGUCGGAGUGUGCUCAUCAGGGCAUGUGUAACGGUGCCUCGGCGCAGUGCCCCACCUCAGAGCCCAAAGCUAACUUCACCGCCUGCCACGGGGACACACAGGUCUGCCUGAACGGGGGCUGCUCCGGCUCCAUCUGUGAGAAAUACGGUCUGGAGGUCUGCACCUGCGCCAGUGUGGACGGCAAAGACGAGACCGAGCUCUGCCACGUGUGCUGCAUGGAGAGAAUGAACCCCAGCACCUGCAGCAGCACAGGCUCCGAGCGUCUCGCCCGCUUCUUCAAUAAGAGGGUCACCACUCUCCAGGCCGGCUCGCCCUGCAACGACUUCAAGGGCUACUGCGACGUCUUCAUGAAGUGCCGUCUGGUGGACGCUGAUGGUCCUCUGGCGCGCCUGAAGAAGGCCAUCUUCAACCCGGAGCUAUACGAGAACAUCGCAGAGUGGAUUGUGGCUCACUGGUGGGCAGUUCUUCUGAUGGGAAUCGCUCUCAUCAUGCUGAUGGCCGGAUUCAUUAAGAUCUGCAGUGUUCACACACCCAGCAGUAACCCCAAACUGCCUCCUCCUAAACCUCUGCCAGGUACUCUGAAGAGACGACGAGCUCAGCAGCAGCAGCACCAGAACCAGCACCAGAACCAGAACCAGCACCAGAACCAGCACCAGCACCAGCACCAGCACGCUCACCAGAACCAGCGGGCCGCUCCACGCCAGGCUCAGCGUCAGCGCCAGCCCCAGUCCCGGGAGAACUACCAGAUGGGCCAGAUGAGACGCUGAUGCCUCCAGUCCAUGACGCUUCCUCAGACUGCCCUCCUCUCCGUCCGAGCAUCAGUUCUGUUUUACCCUCCAGGGCCAAGGUUUACCGGGGUAUCUGUACAUAGUGUCUCCUGUCGUCCUUCAUGAACUCCUCUCAAGACGCCUGGUUUGAUAUCAAACAUCUUUUUAAGGAUUUGUGCCGAGCUUCAGCACAUAAAAGGACUUUUAUUUUGUAAGAGCAGAAACGUUACACCUUCCCUUUUCCGCAGAUGCGCGGCUGUAUAGAGAAACGAUAUUAGCUGUAUUAUAUGCGAGAACAGAUUAUCUCUUUUACUGUCAGUAAGAGAUCUACACUUGCUUUUUUGUUGAAAAUACUCAGGACUCAAACUCACUAAUGAAGGAGGCGGUUCAGCGUCAGUCCGCCGUUUACAUGCUUCAUUCUGUGUGCGUUCGUGUUUGUUUGUAUAUAGCUACACACUUCUGUGGCAAGCCAUUUCAACAUUUAAUCCUGAAAACUUCUUCUAACCCAUUCUUAAGGUACUAGCCUCUUUAUAAAAGUACUAAUUCUCA